UCAAAAUCAAAAGUUCAAGCAUGUUUUCUUUUGAUUUUUGAACGGAAAAUUGAAUUAUAACCUAUAAGUUCAUGUUGUUUAUAUUUUUUGUUGUAAAGAAAUUAGUUAAUUAAACACAUUACACAAUGGGAAAACGAAAAGGAAGAUGUGCAAAGCGCAAUGCGGCCACUAAAGAAGCCCUAGAGCCCGAACAUUUAGUAAAAGCACCACAUUCCUUCGUAAUUCACCGAGGAAAGUGUUCAAAAGAUCUAAUGGACUUAACUAAAGACUUCAGGAAAAUUAUGGAACCUUUCACAGCAUCACAGCUCAAGGAGCGCAAGAAGAAUACUAUAAAAGACUUCCUGUCAGUGUCAGGGUACCUGCACGUGUCACAUCUGAUGCUGUUCACAGAGACUGAGCUGGGCUCGUACAUGAGGCUGUCGAGACUGCCCAGAGGACCCACUCUCACCUUCAGAAUACAUAAUUACAGCCUGUCGCGCGACGUGGUGUCGUCGCUCCGCAAGCAGUACGUGAUCUCGCGCGCGUUCCAGCACGCGCCGCUCGUGGUGCUCAACAGCUUCUCCGGCGAGGGCAUGCACAUGAAGCUGAUGGCCACCAUGUUCCAGAACAUGUUUCCCACUAUCAACAUUACCAAUGUAAAACUGAAAAACAUCAGGCGUUGUGUGCUCAUGAAUUACAACCCCUCCAGCAAACUGAUCGACAUGCGCCACUACGUCAUACGAGCCACGCCCGUGGGGCUCAACAAAGGGACAAAAAAGAUGGUGCAAGGGAAAAUACCCAACCUCAACAGAUGUAAAGACAUGUCAGAAUUCUUUGAUAAAGCGGCGCUGUUAUCUGAGAGCGAGUACGAAGACGACGGCAACCAGGUGGAGCUCCCGCAAAAGCUGGCGUCCCGCGGCGCCUCCGCGCGCAGCACGUCAGCCCUGCGCCUCGUGGAGCUCGGCCCCAGGAUGGCGCUACAACUGAUCAAGGUAGAAGACGGUCUCAUGGAUGGAGAAGUGCUGUUCCAUGAGCUGGUCGAGAAGACAGAAGAAGAGAAAGCUAUAAUCAAGAAAAAAAGAGAGGAAAAGAAACGUUUGAAAGAAAAGCGAAAAUCACAGCAAGCUGAGAAUGUGAAGCGCAAAGAGAAAGAGAAGGAGGAUUUGAAACAGAAGUCGCUCGAGGGAAUUAAGAAGAAGAAAGAGAUGACAGAGAACCAGAGGCUGAUGGAGCUGGCGGCCGCGGAGUCUCAGAACGCGUCGGACGUGGAGCAGGACAACGACGCGCAGUACUACAGGGAGGAGGUCGGCGCCGAGCCCGAACAAGAUCUCUUUACUCAAAACCCAUCGAGGAAAAGGAAAUCGAAUGACGGAGAGACGAGAGGCUUUAAAAAGAUGAGAUUAGACAACAAAUUAAAAAAGAAAUAUCAGUCCAAAGACGCAAAUAGACAAGAUGAUAACAGAAAAAGAAAAUACCAGAACAACAAAGAUGGCGGGAAAAACUUCCAACGUCGGGAAGAUGGAAGAAAAAAAUUCCAAAAUCGGGAAGAUGGAAAAAAGAAAUUUCAACAUAAAGAUGACAGAAAGAGAAAUUUCCAAAAUAGAGAUAGAGAUGACAAAAGAAAUAACUCCAAAAAUCAAGAUGGCAAGAAAUUUAAAAGAAAUAAUCCAUCAGGGAAAACUAAAAAGGUGUUUGGUGGGAAAUUCAACAAAAUGGGUAAAAUGGGAAAGGGUAAACAGGGAAAAUCUAGCAAGGGGAAAGGAAAAUCGAGGAAGUGAUAUUUAUUAGUUUAAAUAAUAAAAAGUUUGAAAUGUU